AUGGCCUCCCAUCCUUCCUCUCCCUCUGCUGGGGUUUCUACUCCUCCCUCUUCCUCCUCUUACUCUGCCAUUCCUCCUACUCACAUUGCCACCCUCCUUCCCAUUAAACUCACUCGCGACAACUAUAUCCUCUGGAAAUCUCUUCUUAUUCCUAUUCUCCAGAACUCGUCUCUCUAUGGUAUUCUUGAUGGCUCUGAAACCUGCCCUUCCCCCACCCUUUCCCCCAACCAACCAAAUCCAGCUUAUGCAGAGUGGAUUAUCAAAGAUCAUACAUGUAAGAUCUGGCUUCAUGCUGCCUUAUCUGACUUUGUUCUUCCGUACACUGUGGGCUGCACAUCCGCCAAAGCUCUGUGGGAUAAUCUUGAGAAACGAUUUACUGCCAUCACUCGCUCCCACAUUCUUCAACUCAAGGGCCAACUUCAAGCUCUGAAAAAGGGAUCUGAUUCCAUGAUGCAGUAUCUCGAACGCAUGAAAUCUCUUGCUGAUGGCCUUGCUGCGGCAGGUGCCCCUCUUGACGACCUUGAUCUUAUAGCCCAUAUCCUUCGUGGCUUACCUCCUGCUUAUGAUUCCUUUGGCACCUCCAUCCACGUUCGUGCGACCCUAUUGACCCAGAUACACUUCACGGCUUAUUAG